CAGAGACUUUCUGUGUAACCACAGAGACCCUGCCUCUUCUAACACCAGGUUUUGAUGAAGGCAGCAUCGGCCUGAUGUUUGUUCAAACCACCUAAAGCAUUUCUAUCAUCGUUAACAUCUGGUCAUCAUGAAGGCUGCCACCAUCCUCCUGCUCUGCAUGCUGGGAGCCGCUCUGCUGUCCACGGUCCUCUGCCACAAUUCAGGUGGUCCUGAAGACUGCUGCUUUGAAUUCUUCAGAAACCCGGUGAACAAAAAGUUCAUCUCUUCAUAUUACAGGACUGAUUCCCGCUGCCCCACAAAAGCAGUUGUCUUAAUAACAAACCGGGCGCGCCGCAUCUGUGUGGAACCAAAGGAAAUGUGGGUAGAAAAGAUUGUUAAGUUUCUGGAGAAGAGGACCAUGUAAAGGAUCUGCCUGUUGUUCUGCUUCAUAAGAUCAUGUGAUAAAUAAUAACAUGCAUGUGUCAAUGUGAUCAUGAUUUUGGUAUUACAGCUUUUCCAUUUCAAGUAAAGAUUUUUUUAUUUGAAUAUUCCAUUGUUUGCCUUUUCUAAAAUCAGUAGUAUCUGGAAUGUUAAUUGUAGUCUGCAUCAUAAUCCCACUGUAAUGUGAUGUUUCUUGCUUGUUAGUGAUGUUUUUGUCACUUUAAAUUGUUUUGUUGCUGCAUUGUGCUCUAAAAAUAAACUUGUCUUACCUUC